GCAAAAAGUCAAUACUCAAUUCCAUCACCAGCACUACAGUGCUCUAUUUAUAAGUUGAUCCUGAUCCACCUGUUCAAGAAGGGCAAGAAACAAGCACACACGACGACACCGACGGAAGCAGCAAAAACAAUGGCAGAUCAGGCCGCCGCCUCGCCCGGUCGCACACACCUUUUGGCAGAUCAACGACCACAACCCCCCUCUCUCUCCACAAAGCGAUGUCGCCACCCCCUUUGUUUUUCUCUGAACCAGUGGCCGUCUGCAACGGUGAGCUCAGUAGCAACAGUGAUGCUUAACUGCAUGUCCUAACCCGCACCUAAUGCCGCUUUAAUUCCCCCACUAAUUUACAGCCCACACGCUAAUAUAAUCUCCCUCCGUCGGUCGCUCUCUCCUCUCUUCUCUGCCGCAAUUUAUUCUCCCCUCCACCUCCCACGCAAAGCUUCCCUCCCCUAAUCCCGCAAGUAGUACCUCCAUCUCCCCCCAUCGUCCAGCCGGCCAUGCCAAGAUCCUCCACCCACCCGUAGGCCGUAGCAAGCAACCACAUGCCGACGCUCCACUUUUCUUGGCCCGAUCGCGCACCCAAGCUCGCGCUUUGAUCCGUGCUCGCCGCCAGGCAAGGCUGGUUGGUGCCGGAAAAACAGGGCUGUCGUAUCGAUGAGCAACUCAUCGUGGACGGCGCCGUCGGGGACGGGGUCGUCGGCGCUGGAGACGGUGGAGACCAAGAUCAGCCCCAGCAUCCUCUUCAUCGUGGCGGUGCUGGCGAUCGUCUUCUUCGUCUGCGGCCUGCUGCACCUGCUGGCGCGCCACCUGCUGCGGCUCCGGCGACGGAGGCGGGCCGCACGGGACGACGCCGAGAGCGUCACGGCGUUCCAGGGCCAGCUGCAGCAGCUCUUCCACCUCCACGACGCCGGCGUCGACCAGGCCUUCAUCGACGCGCUCCCGGUCUUCCUCUACCGCAACGUCGUCGUCGGCGCCGGAGACGCUGGCGGCGGCGGCAAGGACCCGUUCGACUGCGCGGUGUGCCUCUGCGAGUUCGCGCCCGACGACCAGCUCAGGCUUCUGCCCAAGUGCAGCCACGCGUUCCACCUCGAGUGCAUCGACACCUGGCUGCUCUCGCACUCCACAUGCCCGCUCUGCCGCCGGAGCCUCCUCGCCGCCGGCGACCUCUCGCCCACCUGCAGCCCCGUCCUCAUGGUGCUCGAGUCCGCCGACAGCCCCCGCGACCUGGCCGGCUCCGCCACGCACGCCGACGGCGAGCCGAGCGGCGCGGCCGUGCGCGUCCCGGGACUCGACGGGGCGGAGGAGGUGGUCGAGGUGAAGCUGGGCAAGUUCAUGUGCGUGGAGGCCGACGCCGUCGCCCGCACCGGCGAAACGGACGGAGCGGGCACCAGCAGCAGCAACGCCAAUGCCGACGCCGAGGCAGGGCUCGGGCAGAGGCGGUGCCACUCCAUGGGCUCGUACGAGUACGUCAUGGAGGAGCACGCGUCGCUCCGCGUGGCCAUCGCCAAGCCGCCGCCCGAGAAGAAGCGGCCCGCGUUCUCCAGGGCACGCCGCGGCGGCGGCGCCAUGUCGGAGUGCGAGUUCGGCGCGUCCAAGCGCCGCGGCGAAUCUUCCUCGCUCCGCUACCCGGUGAUCCCGGCGACGACAAAGCAGAAGCAGCAGCCUCCCGACCUGCCCGCCGCGGCGAAGCUCACAAAGGACAGCUUCUCCGAGUCCAAGAUCUGGAUGGUGCCGCCGGCGUCGUCCAGGAAAGGGGACCCCGACGCGGGCGGGAGGCGCACGGUGUCGUUCCGCUGGCCGAUGAGGAGCGGCAAGGACGGCGAGGAGGAAGGAGGGGGCGAGCGGAAGAGCGGGAGCGAGGCGGACUGGGGCGACGUGGAGACGGGCAGCGGCGGCGGCAACAGCGUGGUGUCGUCGCUCGCGGAGGAGCGGCCGUCGUUCGCGCGGCGAACCCUGCUCUGGGUCGUCGGCGGCCGGCAGCAGUCCAACAGAGUCGGCGACUGCCCGUGACCAGCAUCGCCAUUGUCGAUCUGAUCAAUAUCAAACCCCAACGAAAGAGAAAAAAAGGGAAACAAAUUCGUUCUUUUGUUCAGUUAGUUAUAAGAAUCUCUUCUUCUUCCUCCGUCCUUGUAGAUUGCCACUGAUUGCAAAUUCGCAGCGGCGAGAAGAAACCUGUAAAACCCAUCAGACCUCUCGGAAGCAAAUCGUUCCAGACCAGCUCCAUCAACUCUGCUGCCGCGUUGACCUGGCGAACAAAUCGUUUCAGAUCGCCGGUGACUCUUGCAUGGCAGCAGAUUGGAUGCAUCAUCAAUCAUGGAUUCUUCUUUCCGAUGUGGAUCACCAAUCAAUCAUGGCGAUUCGGAUGCGGGGCAAGGGAGGCGCCGCGCAGUUGGAAAGCGGGAUUUGUUUGGCCUGUCGGCGCGUGAUCGCACAUGUGAGCGUUGCUGCCGCUGCCGAUGCGCCACCGCAGUCCUCCGUCGGUCGGCAGCUUCCGGAAAUUUGGCAGCGUCGCUUUCCCUCGUGCGAGGCCAGCCACGCACGCAUCUGCUGUCCAGUCCGGCAGCGCAUCUGAGCUGAAUCUCUUGACUCCCGGCUGUGAAAAGAUGCAGAUCAACACGGGUUUUUCUCCCGUCAUCCUGCAGAAAGAUGCGGAAGCUUGCUGAUGGCUGCAGCACUGAGUCGAACCAGAGUAGCGUUCAUUCAUGUGACCACACAGAUUCAAAAUUUGCAUGGACCAGGUGAUUCGGAAUCCAGAAGUUUACCAGCUUACUACUCCACUGCUGCAUUUACUCCUGGGCCUGGCCACCGUUAUUCUGCACUGUACUCUACUGUUUUCACUAUGGUUAGUCAGAAAUGUUAAUGCAACGGCGCCAUUACUGCGAGGUCAAA